CACUCACGGAGUCGUGCGAGGUCGCAGGUCGUGGCUCAUCGGUAGUUCCCGCCAGACGUUACCGUGUUGGAGUUGUCGGCUACGUAACACCGCCCACUGCACGCGGUCGCAGGGCACCCCACGAACAGUCGAUUGACAGACAGCAUGGCCAACAACGUGCACACGGUUACCCCUAAGCGGGUUGUCAUAGCGAUGGACGGGAGCGAAUAUUCCCAAAAAGCGUUCGAGUGGUAUGUAAAAAAUCUACACACGACUAAUGACGAAUACGAGCCGAUCCUUGCCUACUGCCCUGAAUUCGGACACGUAUUUGGACCCUUCAUGACGGGAGACACAAACGCCGUUUCCGAGAAACUCCGGAAAGAGGAAGAGGAAGUCCAGGCUGUGUUGCAGUCAUUACAAGCCACGCUCGACCAAUCAGGGGUAAUCGGUCGCGUUGUGCGACUGACCGGAAGCCCGGGUGACGCCAUCUGCAAACUAGCCGAGGAUGAAGAUGCCGACUGUAUUGUAACGGGGACGAGAGGUCACGGAAAACUCCGAAGAACUAUUUUAGGCAGUGUUAGUCAGUACGUGAUACACCACGCCAAGGUACCCGUGUUCGUGUGUCGGGACCGGCACAAAUGAUCUGUAUAGUGGACGGCAAUUACGUCAUCGAGUUCUAAAUGAUAUGUAUAACCACGUGACAAGCCGCUGGAAUGAUUUAUCAUGAGUGGAGCACGUGUUGCUGAUACCAUGGCAACCGCCAUUGGCAAGGAAAGAAACGUUAACAGUAGCGGAUCGGGAUUGUUGUUUUUUUUGGGGUUUUUUUUUUUUGGGGGGGGGGGGGGGGGAUGUGUGCAGCUCAAAAAGGGUACUUGACAAAAAGAUAGCUGAGGUGUUCGCUCAGGACAACGUGCUCAGAGGCCUAAUAUGGUCUGGACCUGGGAGGGGGUCAAAUAUGAACCUAGUGGGCCCUUUUGACUAUAUUUUCAACUGGACACCAAUAUAAAUAGCCUAAUAUCGUACUGUGAAGAAAAAAAUAGUUUAGCCUCAGCAGUGUAUGUGUUGGGGGUGGGGGUGGGGGGGGGGGGUCGUUCCUGGUGCUUGAACCUUAAUUGAAUAUAAGCAAGAACAUAAACUAAACUGAAUGCGCGGUCCGUAUACAAGUAACGGGGGAUAAGCUCUAAACGCUCAAAAACAAAUUCUGCUGUUGUUUCUCACUGACCCAUUUCUUUUCUCUCCUUUGAAUUCCAUCUCAUUUCUACCCGAUCUGGAAGCUCCUCCUAGCUUUCAACUUCUUUCGCUAUUGACAGGCAUGUGCUACACAUCCCCGUCCUUGUCUUUCCAUCCCGACAGGUGCUCGUCUCUUGUGGCUAUACGUGCCACACACCUGCCAUUUCCCAUCAGCUUUUAGCUGUGGGCUUAGUCUCACCACUUCGGUCAGUGUUCAGUGGUUACUUCUGGCAUUGUUAAGAGGUACUUGUUAGUAUGUUUGUGCCGUGGGUUAGACUAGCUCAACGCUCAAAAUUAAUAAAGAAUUGACUGUGUAUCGCUCACUCCUGUCCUGGAUGGAGGAGCCGUCGAGAGCCGACACCUGCGCCCAUGACAUGCGUGUGCUACAACAGCCUGUUCUGCAUGUGAAUGUUAAAUCCUAUGACCUGACCUAUAGGUCACUGGGGUAGUGAUAUCACUACAGCGGCUGCGAUCUCGGUGAGCCUGCUGUACACGGACAACGCAGAUAGCUCGGGUAUAUUUCCCCAGAACAGCGUGAUGGACAUACAUAUGGAAUAUAGUUAAAUCCCGUUGGUUCGAACCCUGUCGGUGCACGAGAAAGUGUUUGACUCAUCGGGUAGUUCGACCUCGUAUUUAAGUGUAACUCAAGUUCGGGCGUUGCGUUACGACCGUUCCGAGUUCAACCCAAUGAGAUUCUACUGUAUAUGCACGGGAAUAAACUAACGUUACUUCAGCAUACGGAUUAAUCAUCUGUGUGUGUGAAAAGAAGAGGACUGUGUAUUUAACAUCACACCACCUAAAGUCUGGUUGCUAUAAAAUCUGUCAUGGACGCAUACCGAUGCAGAAGCUCUGACCUGCGACAGAUCUGCAAAGUUGAGCAGGUUUUAAUUUCCCCGAUCCGUCACCGACCCAGUACAGAUCAUCUGCGACUGUGUUACUGAUUUUUUAAAAUGGAAAUCAAACUUUCUUGUAACCAGUGGCUUUUGUGUGUCGGAUAGUUCAUUUAUGUCACUUGAUUUAUAGAUUCUGAGAGAUGAACUCUGCUGCCACCCAAAGGCUAGUCUUCAUCAUUUGGCAGCGACACUUCCUAUAUAUACACGAUCCUAGCGACAUUUGUUUAAUGUACCAGUGUUUUAGGGUAAACCCGCCCGUAUCCAUCAUACUCUACCCUCCCCCACAACACAGGCGUAGCCAGGAGGGAGACAUGGCGAUCAUGCCCCUCCAAUCAUACCUCUUUACCCCCCCCCCCCCACAACCACUUAUAUUAUAGUUUGUUUAACGACACGACUAGAGCACAUUGAUGUAUUAAUCAUCGGCUAUUGGAUGUCAAACAUAUGACAAUUUUGACAUUCAGUUUUA